UUAGGAACAGAAUGAUUUGCUUUUGGUUUCAAUUUCUCUUGUCCCUUUCCUUCCCACUACAUAACAGAAGCGUUUUGAGAGGCAAAAAAGAGAAGAGAGGAGAGGAGAAGGAAGAGCAAAUAAAGGAAGAGCCGAGAGAAAGAGAAAACUUGUGAGAGCAUCCGGGAACAGUUUGGCUUGAAGCAACGUGAAAAAGGUGACUAUGGCAUCAGCAGUGCCCAUGAAGGCCCCCAUAUGUCUGGUAGAAAACAGCAAUGGAGAGCUGACAGUAAACCAGCAAGCCUUGCGGAUUCUUAGUUCCAUUAGCAAUCCAGUGGUGGUGGUAGCCAUUGUUGGCUUGUACCGUACUGGAAAAUCCUACCUGAUGAACAGGCUGGCAGGAAAGAACAAAGGCUUCUCCCUUGGCUCCACUGUGCAGUCUCACACAAAGGGCAUCUGGAUGUGGUGCGUCCCUCACCCCAGCAAAGCGGACCAUGUCUUAGUUCUGCUUGAUACCGAGGGCCUUGGAGAUGUGGAAAAGGGUGACUCCAAGAAUGACUCAUGGAUCUUUGCCCUGGCCAUCCUGCUCAGCAGCACUUUUGUCUACAACAGCAUGAACACCAUCAACCACCAGGCCUUGGAGCAGAUGCAAUAUGUAACAGAGCUGACAGAGCUAAUCAAGGUCAAAUCCUCACCUAAUGCUGUUGGAGAAGAAGACUCAGCAGAGUUUGUGGGCUUCUUCCCAGACUUUGUGUGGACUGUGCGGGAUUUCAUCCUGGAGCUUGAGCUAGAUGGCCACCCCAUCACCCCAGACGAGUACCUGGAAAAUGCCUUGAAACUCAGUAAAGGCAAAGAUCCCAAAGUUAAGAUGGCAAACCUUCCACGAGAGUGUAUCAGAAAAUUCUUUCCAAAACGGAAAUGUUUUACACUUGACCAUCCAACAAAUAAUAAGUCAUUCUUAGCGCAUCUUGAAGAUGUCCAAGAAAGCCAGCUGGAGCCUGCGUUCAAGUAUCAGGCAGCCAACUUCUGCUCUUACAUCUUUUCCAAUGCAAAAACCAAGACCCUUAGUGGGGGAAUCAUGGUCAAUGGGAAUCGGUUGGGAAAGCUACUUGAGACCUAUGUGAAGACAAUCUCUAGUGGAGACAUUCCCUGCCUAGAGAAUGCAGUGUUGGCAUUGGCUGAGACUGAGAACUCAGCUGCCGUGCAAAAAGCUGCCAAGCAUUAUGUAGAGCAGAUGGUGCUAAAGGUGGACUUCCCCACAGAAACCCUCCAGGACCUGCUAAACCUACACACAGACUGUGAGAAAGAAGCCAUCUCAAUUUUCAUGACACAUUCUUUCAAGGAUGACACGCACAAGUUCCAGAAGGAACUGGUGCAAAUAUUAGAAUCCAAGAAGGAUGAUUUCAUCCAUCAAAAUGAGGAAGAAUCAACCAAAUAUUGUCAAACUAAGCUUGAGGACCUCUCUCAGACCCUGAUGGAAGCCAUUUCUCAAGGCACCUUUUCUGUGUCAAGGGGUUACCAGCUCUACAGGAAAGAAAGAGAAAAAAUAACAAACAGUUAUCAUCAAUUUCCCAGAAAAGGGAUAAAGGCAGAUGAGGUCCUCCAAAGGUUUCUACAGUCACUGGCAAUGACAGAAGAAUCCAUCCUGCAGACAGAUCAAGCUCUCACUGAACAAGAGAAGGCCUUGGAAGCUGAACAGGUAAAAAGAGAAGCAGCAGAGAAGGAGAAGAAGUUGUUGGAACAGCAACAAAUGGAAAUGCAGCAGAUGGAAGCUCAACAGAGGAGUUAUGAAGAAAACAUCAACCAAUUGAAAAAGAGGAUAGAGGAAGAUAAGAUCCAGAUCCUGGAAGAACAGAAAAAGAUUCUGGAUCAUAAACUAAAGGAACAAAAGAAGCUGUUGGAGGAAGGGUUUCAUGUGAAAGCUGAAGAAAUGAAGAAAGAGAUGGAGGACUUACAAACAAAGAUUAAGGAUGCUGAGAGUGAAAAGUCCUCUGGGUGGUCCUCUUUUUUAGAUAGUUUUGGCACUGGAUUGAUGGCUAUAUUACCUGGUACAGGAAAAUUCAUUGGCUUGGGGAUAAAGGCGUUGGGCAAAUUGGUGUCAUAACCAAAUGGGUUUCAGUUUCUCAAAAAAAAAAAUUACAGAAUAUGUUUGUUCCACCUAAUAAAACAUGGCACUGAGACCUCUUUA